AUGGGCAAAUUCAAGAAGGCGCUCAAAAACAAGGAGGCCUCCUCCCAGCUUCGCCGGAAUCCCUACGAUCUGGUGGAGCCGGACCAGAGUCGCGAACCACGGAAACGAAAUGGGAAGCAUUUGGACGAUGAGAUGCCGGCUUCACAGCAUGUCGAGAACAAGAUGGCGGCUCGGGUCUUCAGUCAAGCGCAACGUCAGCUAAAGGAAGAGGAGGGGAAAACGGCCGGCGGUGACGAUGUGAAGAGAGUUUAUCAACUCCCCGGAGCUGAGGACCAACUCGACGCCGAGGAAUUUGAAGACUUGAACCCGGAUGAGUAUGAUGAGAAGGCAGUGGAAGUCGACCCGAAAGACGAGGAGGAUCUGCGGCGGUUUAUGACACAGAAUGUCGAGAAGAAGCAAACGUUGUGGGAGAUGAUCCAAGAUCGAAUCGGGCAAAAGGAGGUCGAUGCCGAUGGGGAGCUCGAUAUGCCGGAGGACAUUGAGAUCCGCUCGCUCGAGCCCGAGGUCGUCGACGUCUACCAACAAGUUGGACAAGUCUUGGCAAAGUAUCGCUCCGGCAAGCUGCCCAAGGCCUUCAAGUACAUCUGCAGUAUGGAGAACUGGGAGCAGCUGUUGUAUCUAACCGAGCCGGAUAACUGGAGCGCCGCCUCGAUCUACCAGGCCACCGUCAUUUUCUCGUCAAAUCUGAACCCAGCGUCGUGCCAGCGUUUUUACCAUCACGUGCUCCUCCCCCGACUCCGCGACGACAUCGACGAGUACAAGAAGUUGAGCUUCCCGUUGUACCAGGCCCUCGUAAAGUCGCUGUACAAGCCGGGCGCCUUCUUCAAGGGUCUAAUUAUGCCGCUCUGCGAGUCCGGAACAUGCACUCUUCGAGAGGCCAUCAUCUUCUGCUCCAUCAUCCAGAAAUUUACGAUUCCAAUUUUCCAUUCGGCCGCUGCCUUGAUCAUGAUCGCCGAAAUGGAAUAUUCCGGCGCAAAUUCCCUAUUCCUGCGCACCCUCAUCGACAAGAAGUACGCCCUCCCGUUGCGGUGUAUCAAGGUGCUCGUCGAUCAUUUUGCCAGGUUUAAAUCUAACACUGAACCCCUUCCCGUCCUUUGGCACCAAUCGUUGCUCUCGUUCGUGCAGCGCUACAAGCUCGAUUUGACCGAGGCGCAGAAGAAGGAUAUUUAUUCCCUUGUCCAGGCCCAAUUCCACUACAUGAUCACGCCGGAGAUUCGCCGCGAGCUGCAGCACUCAACGGCUGUCCCGAGAACGGCCGUCGUCGCGGAAGAAGCGUCGAGCGGUGUCCGAGUCGUCGACGCGAAGCCCCGGGGGGAAUCGCACGAUGGAAUUCUAAUUUGCCACCUGGUGCUCGAGCACUCGCCGGAGACGCAGAGACGGGUUGAUGAGCUGGCGACGAUCACGUUGGAGACGACGCAGACCAAGGCUGAAGUCAAGGCCAGGGUUGCGGACGUCACGUCGAAUUCAAAGCCCGGCUCGCCGAGGCCUGACGAUGAAAUGCCCGAGCCGUCGUCAAUUCCGCAAUCCCCAAAAAUCGUCGAGCCGCAAUUCUCGCUGGAGAUUCUGCCGAGCCAUAAAAAUUCGGUGCGCGAGGAUCCGGAAUUGUUGCGGAAUGUGGAUGAGACCUUG